GGAAACAUACCAUUUUUGGAAGAGUUUGUCGGGGAAUGGAAAUUAUCAAGAGACUCGGCAGUGUUCAAACUGAUAAUACUGACAGACCAAUCCAUGAUGUGAGGAUACUGAGGACUACAGUCAAAGAUUGAUGUUCUGCGACUUCAAAGCAAUUGUUACAAGAAGGUGUUGUGUGUUGUCAAUUGACAUCACAGCCAAGACACAUGCUACCUUCGGCUUUUGAUACUGCUUUCUAAGUGACAAACUGAUCUAGUCCUGUAUGUGGGAUUGUGCAUUUUAAUUUUCUGCAACUAAACCAAAUGAUACUUGAGAAUCAAAAUUGCUUGAGUAGCCAAAUCAAACAGUAGUGUUUCAUGGUUUGUUGUAACCCUAAUCUAAUGAAAAGGAAAAAGCCCGUAGGUUCCUCCUGGGACCCUUUUUAACUGCCAUUUUGAUAUCAAGAAGACGCUUCCGUUAACCUCCA